GACUUGCUCCUGAGGCCAAUAAAUUAGUAAGCAGCUUGAAAAAGAUGCCGAUGCUGCAUGAUGAGGCAUAUGCCGAGGAAGUAAGAGAGAAGACCUCCCAUGAAUUUCCAGAAAACACACUGGUGCUCCCUGUCUCGAAGCAAAACAAAAGAAUUUUUUACACAAUCCUGGAGCUCUCACCACUGCUUGAUUCUUCCAACAUGACGCCAGAAGACUGGGCCAAAAUUGCAAGGAAACUUGAGGAGCACUAUGAAAAGUAUGAUGGUUUUGUGAUCCUUCACGGCACUGAUACCAUGGCCUAUACAGCUUCAGCCUUAUCCUUCAUGUGUGAGAACCUGGGUAAAACUGUUGUUCUGACAGGAUCUCAGGUGCCUAUAUACGAGUUGCAGAACGACGGCCGAGCCAACCUUCUGGGGGCACUGCUCUUUGCUGGGCAGUUCGUGAUUCCUGAGGUGUGCCUGUAUUUUUAUAAUAAACUGUACAGGGGAAAUAGGGUGACUAAGGUGGAUGCUGAGAGUUUCAAUGCCUUUUCCUCACCUAACCUGCCUCCACUUGCAAAUGCUGAGGCUGAUAUUACAAUAAACUGGGAAACAGUGUGGAGAGCCAACGCCAAAAAGAGAUUUCAAGUUCACACCAAUAUGAACAGGAAUGUUGGGCUUCUGAGAAUCUUCCCAGGUAUCACUACUGCUGCUGUGAAAGCAUUCCUUCAGCCUCCAAUUGAGGGCAUUGUGCUUGAAACUUAUGGAAGUGGCAAUGCCCCAAACAACAGAGAAGAGUUGCUGGAAGAACUGAGGAAAGCAACUCAACGAAAAGUAGUGAUUGUAAACUGUACUCAGUGCUUACGAGGGUCUGUUAAAACGAUCUAUGCAACAGGGCAGACUCUCGCUGAGGUUGGAAUAAUUCCUGGAGGUGACAUGACACCAGAGGCAGCCCUAACUAAACUGUCGUACAUGCUUAGCAAGAGUAAGCUUAGCUGGGAGGAGAAGAGGCAGAUGCUGAGUGAGAAUCUAAGAGGAGAAAUGACUAUUGUACCCACAGGAGCCAAGAUCUCCCUGAGAGAUAGCAAGUUUAUUCAAGUGAUUGCCAGAUCUCUCAGUAUCAGCAGCAAGGAGGAGUUAGAAGCCAUCCGAGAUGCAUUAAUUCCACCUUUGGCUUGUGCUGCAGCUAAACUGGGUGACAUAGACGCACUAAGAGCCAUAGCAGAAAUGGGUGGAAACUUGAGCUGUGGAGACUAUGAUGGCCGAACUCCACUUCAUGUUGCAGCCUCUGAAGGGCAUCUACCAUUAGUUGAGUAUUUGUUGACAUCUGGCGCAACUGUUUAUGCUAGAGACAGAUAUGGAUCUACCCCACUGAUGAAUGCGAUUAAGUUCAGGCGCAUACAAGUGAUUAAUCUGUUACGAGAAACGGGAGCGCACCUUUCAGGCCGUGACUUGGAGGACACUGGAUCAAUACUCUGCAGCCUUGCGGUUAAAGGCGAUGUGGAGGGACUGAAUGCCUGGUACCUAGCUGGUGCGAACCUGGAU